ACCAAUUUAUUGAAAGUGACGAGAGAUUAUCGUUAAGUUUUAUCUCGAAAAAUAGUGCAUUUCAGUGAAAAACACGUUAGAUUUUGUAACAAGUGUUUGAUAGAAUCGUUGAGGAACAUCUAAACGAAAAGGCGCUAUGAAUAAUAUGCAGAAUUAUCAAGGGAUGGCGCUAGGAUGUCAAAAGAGGAGAUGCAAGGUAUCAUCGGCGCUCGCCUCGUCCAUCCUCCAGCCCGUAGCCCCUCGACAACCAGAAUCUUCGAAACGUAAACGAGAAACAUUGGAAAAUUUUUCGUCAACAAUGGCAGAUGAACAGCAACAGUUUUUUCUUAAAUGGAAUGAUUUCCAAUCUAAUAUGGUAUCGUCGUUUAAACAUUUACGAGAUGAAAAAAGUUUCACGGAUGUGACACUAGCCUGCGACGGUCAGACUUGUAAAGCUCACAAAAUGGUGUUAUCAGCUUGUAGUCCUUAUUUUAAAACUUUGUUAGAGGAAAAUCCGUCCAAACAUCCUAUUAUAAUUCUAAAAGACGUCGCGUACAGUCACCUUCAGGCAAUCUUGGAGUUCAUGUACGCGGGUGAAGUGAAUGUUUCGCAAGACCAGCUGCCAGCAUUUCUUAAAACGGCUGACCGGCUUAAAGUCAAAGGGCUAGCAGAAGCACCUUGUGCCAUGAAGAGAGAGGGUUAAAGUUUCAUUUAUAGUUACGGAUGUCGGGAAGCGGACUGAAAAAAGUGUAAUAAUGUAAAGUGAUUGCAUAAAGACAUACCACACACGAUAAAAAAACAAAACGAAAAAAAAAAGGAGAAAACAUGCUACGUGUCCAAACGUAGCACAACUCAGUGUCCUCUGGUUCAUGACUUGGAUCAACACACGGCGACAAUGUAAAUUAUGCCUUUUCUUAAUCUCAGUUAAUGUUAAUGUUGUAUUGAAUGUAUGUAUACAAAAUACGGUAGAGACGAAAUGUUGAUGUUUGUCUUGAACCCGUUGGCGUCAACGACGCGGCCGCGGCGGCAACAUUGAUUAUUUUUUUAAAAACAAGUGCUGCAAAAAAAAAUGAAAAAAUACGAGAAAGAAACUAAUAAGUGGGUCACCAAUAGUUUGCAAUACACGAGACAGUUUUGUGAAUUGAACAAACCGGAUAAAUGUUAAAAGACACGUUUACAAACUGCUGUUUUUUAAAAAACGGAUCUACUGACUCACGAUAUAUACUUUCCUAUCGGCGGUUCCAUUGAUGGAUCCGUUCAUGAGACAUUCAAAUUCCUCGAGUCUUUACCAUGAUACCUGCUAAGCGCAAUCUUUUCUUUUUUAUCGUUUCCUUUCUAACGAGAGAUAAGGCGUUUCUCUGUUGUAAUAUAAAGCGGAAAGAAAUAUAUAUAAAUAUAUAUAUGUACAUUCAGAGGAUAAAAUAAUAGUUGUAAGUUAAUGUGUUAAUAAUAAUGAGGGUUUCGCCACCACACUCGCUUGGUAAUGACUUGGGAGAUAUUUCGAUCUUAUCGUGAAUGGAUCCGCGACACCUCCGGUAAUCCCGUAAUAAAAAGAUUGUUAAAUCAAGUUUACUGGAAGUUGUAACAUGCGUGUCCAUACGUUGCUCUCUUUUCUUCGUUACCCCCCCGUUGUGUUCGGUCGCUCAUCGGACACAGCGCACGUGGAUUGAUAGAUCAUCGUGUCGUUUCUCAUCGAUGUACACCCGAAAUUUGGAACAGAGGGAAAGCAAUCGUCUCGCACAGUUUUACUUUUCUCGAAUUCGACCGAUACCAGUUACCUCUUCUAGUGAUCGUGAUUUUUUACUUAACCAAAUACUGCCAGUAUUUGUACCGGCGUAUUCACAAUAUUACCGAUAGACCAAAUUUAUUUAUGAUAAUAAUAUAUUAAGGGUUGAAUGUCUCUUAAAUCGAGGGAAGGUUAUUGUAAUAUAAUAAGCGAAGCAAAUUUUUGUAAAGUCGGAGCGCACAGUUCCUUUCCCCUCCCGAUGAAAUCAGAAUAAUCAGAGAGAUAUAAAGAGAAAAGGAAAAAUGUCAGGAAACAUUGUCGAGUCAAAAACAUGCGUGCUUUAAAAAAUGAAAAAGGAAAUUACCGCAAGUUUCAGUUGUAUGUAAUCGCCAGUGUCUAAAAACUUUUUGCUAUUCGCAUUUUUAAAUAUUCAUUUUAUUUCACGCUUUUAUUCUUCCUUUUAUUCCGUACGAUUCUUGGCUAUUUUUAUUACUACUUUACGUUUUUUUAGUUCUAAUACGAUACAACUCUUCCGUUUAUUUUCUUGAGAUAAAGUAAAAUAUUUUAUUUACGUUCGAUGUGAUUUUUCAACUUUGUAUUUAAAACGAGCACGAGUACUUCUCCGACACCGAAUGCCAAUGUAGGAUAUCACGUUAUCCUGCAUGCAUACGCUAGAAAUGAAAUGCGAACGAAUUGUGCCGUAGCGUAAUCUGUUUUUCGUUUAUCACCCCCCGUCGGACGUCUCCGUGAACAACAGAUUGACGUUCGAGUGAAAUUUCGAUUAAGUUCUGAUGACGAAAUCGAUAACGACCGAUCUUUGCAUGAAGUGUAUGAAAAUGGGACCAGCCGCGACGGACGUCAUAGAUGUCAAUCGGAAUUGACUUUGCCUCUGUAAAUCUUCGUUGACGACCCCACCUUAUGUUCGAUCGCAUAUCAAUCUUUUUUUCACGACCUCACGUUUUGCCAAGCGAGAAAAUUGUUCACGGCCGGCCGACGGCGUGUACCGGAACUCUGAGAACGAAAGUCAGAAAACGGAGGAAGAAUGAAAAGAAUCCGUGUCUGUUCACAGUAUUUAAGACAGCCUUUAACGUUUAAGAUGUGGUUGGGUUCAGUUCCUACAAUGACACGUUUAUCGGGCAUUUGGUGGUUUAAAUGCGAAUCGUACCGUGUGUAUUUGCUAAAGCGUCAACGUUGACCUCUGUAUACAAUUUAGAGUAGAAAAUGUUAUACGAGUGAUAACGAUUCGAAAUACAUACGUUCGCAACUUGUUGACAA